GGUUUAAUGCCAUGGCUGCAGAUGAAAGUGCUACGGAAAAGCAAGCGGGGGAACCAAAAAUGGCAGUGGAUGGGGAAACCAACGGUUCCUGUGAGCACAGCGACGCUGGUGGCCACCCAAACCCAGCUAAAACCACUCAGGACAACACGAAAGUGAGCCAGCAGGACUCUAGCAGUAAGUUGAACAGGAUAGCAGAGAAUGGCAUUUCGGAGCGGGACGGCGAGGCCGGCAAGCAGAACCACCUGAAAGCUAAUGACUUCCCCCAGACUGCCCUCACGGGCAGCAAUGGAUAUAUCCUAACCAAGCAGAUGGCACAGGAGCAACCUCUAAGGACUACCAGCACCUUUGCUUCUCUCACCGGCCACGCUGCAAAAACCCUGCCAGGAGGAGCAAGCAAAGGGAGAACUGUGGGCUCCUUUUCGCAGAUGCAAGCCACGAUGCCAAGCAAGCUCGGGGAGGGCAGUAAGGACAUGGAUGCUAAAAAAGCUGUCGCUGCUAACACUGAAGUCAAGGUCCACAGAGCACGGAAGACAAUGCCUAAACCCACCCCCACCCUGGAGUUGCUUCCUGAACUGGGAUCGAAGCUGACUCUGAAACAGCAUGCAAGUAAAGACCCCAAAGAUGGGAGAGACAGCAGAGAUCAAAAAGAACCCAAGGAGGAAGGCAACAAAAACAUCCUGGAGUUUGGGAAACCGUUGCCAUUGCCCUCUCUCCCAGGCCUUCACCAGUCACUACCUCAGAACCAGAGCUAUGUGGCCACCACGAAGUCGCAGACAGCUGCUGCAGUAUCUCGGAAGAAAAAACGGAGAAUGGGAACCUAUAGCCUGGUUCCCAAGAAAAAGACCAAAGUGUUAAAACAGAGAACAAUGAUUGAGAUGUUUAAGAGCAUAACUCAUUCCUCUAUGGGUGCCAAGAGUGAAAAGGACCUGGGUGAUGCCAGCCUUCAUGUGAACGGGGAAAGCAUAGAUGUAGACUCUGAAGAGGAAGACUCUGAUGAGUUGGAAGAGGAGGAUGAUCACGGAGCAGAACAGGCAGUUCUGUUUCCUGUAGAUGAUAACAGGACCUCUAAAGACAGCGCAUCCGAUGCAGACGCCAGAAAGCUUGAUGAUGGCGACUCUGAGGAGGAGCAAGAGUCUGGGGAGUCGAUCGAGGAGGAGGAGGAUGGCGAUGAGUCUGACUUGAGCUCAGAGUCCAGCAUCAAGAAGAAGCUGCUGAAGAGGAAAGGAAAGAUGGAAAGUCCGUGGCUGAAACCCACUCGCAAGAGGAGACGGAGGAAUAAAAAGAAACAAGCCAGUGUGCUAGGUGCCGAAGCCUAUAAACCAUCUUUGGUAGGCAGAGAAGGCCCUGGUCAGGAGAACAGUAUGGAGUACAUGGAGGUGUCCCUGGAUUCCCUGGAUCUCCGGGUGAAGGGAAUCCUCUCCUCGCCGGCGGGAGGUCUUUCCAAUGGUCCUGAAGCAAUGGAAGUAGAUGGUCUCCAGGAAGUCCCCCUCUGUAGCUGUCGAAUGGAAACCCCCAAAAGCAGAGAGAUCACCACGCUAGCCAACAACCAGUGCAUGGCCACGGAGAGUGUGGAUAAUGAGCUGGGCCGCUGCACAAACAGUGUGGUUAAGUAUGAACUGAUGCGCCCGUCUAACAAAGUCCAGCUUUUGGUGCUGUGUGAGGACCAUAGAGGGAGGAUGGUGAAACACCAGUGUUGCCCUGGCUGUGGAUACUUUUGCACUGCAGGCACUUUCAUGGAGUGUCAGCCUGAGAGCAGCAUCUCCCACCGGUUCCACAAGAACUGUGCCUCCCAGGUCAACGACAUGAGCUACUGCCCUCACUGCGGGGAGGAGGCCUCCAAGGCGAAGGAGGUGACAAUAGCAAAGGCAGACACGACCUCGACGGUGUCGCUGACCUACGAGCAGCAGAAGCCAGCAGCUGUGGAGGGAAGGGCUGACACCACGACAGGGAGUGGCACUGGGACUCGGUUGUCAGAAGAAGACAAGCCAGAAAGUUCGGCUGCUGAGGGGUUUGACAUGGCUGGGUCUUCAGUUUUUCCAAAGCCUACUACUAGCCUGAGCCAGGGACCAGUUAAAGAAACUCUGGAAAGUGCCCUGAUUGCCCUGGACUCUGAAAAACCCAAGAAGUUACGGUUCCAUCCAAAGCAGUUGUACUUCUCUGCAAGGCAAGGAGAGCUGCAAAAGGUCCUGCUGAUGUUGGUGGAUGGAAUUGACCCUAAUUUUAAAAUGGAGAAUCAGAAUAAGAGAACUCCUCUGCAUGCUGCUGCUGAGUCUGGCCACGUGGACAUCUGCCAUAUGCUGAUUCAGGCUGGUGCUAAUAUAGACAGCUGCUCUGAAGACCAGAGGACUCCACUGAUGGAAGCAGCAGAAAACAACCACCUGGAAACUGUGAAAUACCUUAUCAAGGCUGGAGCACUGGUAGAUCCUAAGGAUGUGGAGGGCUCCACAUGUCUGCACUUGGCUGCCAAGAAGGGGCACUACGACGUGGUGCAGUACCUCCUCUCCAACGGGAAGAUGGACAUCAACUGCCAGGACGAUGGAGGCUGGACGCCGAUGAUCUGGGCCACCGAGUACAAGCACAUCGAGCUGGUGAAGCUGCUGCUUGCCAAGGGCUCAGACAUCAACAUCCGGGACAAUGAGGAAAAUAUCUGUUUGCACUGGGCUGCUUUUUCUGGCUGUGUGGACAUAGCAGAGAUCCUGCUGGCUGCUAAGUGUGAUCUGCACGCUGUGAAUAUCCACGGGGACUCGCCCCUGCACAUUGCAGCCAGGGAGAACCGCUACGAGUGCGUCGUUCUCUUUCUUUCCCGUGGCUCGGAUGUCACUUUAAAGAACAAGGAGGGUGAGACUCCACUCCAGUGCUCCAGCCUUAACUCUCAGGUCUGGGUGGCCCUACAGAUGAACAAGACUCUGAAAGAAUCAUCUACUGAGAAGCCUCCCCAGAUAGACAAGGUGGUGAGCAGAGACAUCGCCCGGGGCUACGAGCGGAUCCCCAUCCCCUGUGUCAACUCAGUGGACAGUGAGCCCUGUCCCACCAACUACAAAUACGUGUCGCAGAACUGCGUCACCUCCCCGAUGGACAUCGACAGGAACAUCACUCACUUGCAGUAUUGUGUGUGUAUAGACGACUGCUCCUCCAGCAACUGCAUGUGUGGCCAGCUCAGUAUGCGCUGCUGGUAUGAUAAGGAUGGACGACUCCUGCCCGAGUUCAACAUGGCUGAGCCACCUCUGAUCUUUGAGUGCAAUCACGCCUGCUCGUGCUGGAGAACCUGCAGGAACCGGGUGGUGCAGAAUGGGCUCAGGACUCGAUUGCAGCUCUACCGGACGCAGAAGAUGGGCUGGGGAGUGCGGACGACGCAGGACAUCCCUCUGGGCACCUUCGUGUGCGAGUAUGUUGGGGAGCUGAUAUCUGACUCGGAGGCAGAUGUCCGUGAGGAGGACUCCUACCUCUUCGACCUUGACAACAAGGAUGGAGAGGUGUACUGCAUCGAUGCUCGUUUCUACGGCAACAUCAGCCGCUUCAUCAACCACCUCUGCGAGCCCAACCUCAUCCCCGUGCGCGUCUUCAUGGCGCACCAGGACCUGCGCUUCCCCAGGAUCGCCUUCUUCAGCACCCGCCACAUAGAAGCCGGAGAAGAAAUCGGCUUCGACUACGGAGACAGGUUCUGGGACAUCAAAGGCAAAUUCUUCAGCUGUCAGUGUGGUUCACCCAAGUGCAAACACUCGAGCUCAGCGCUGGCCCAGCGGCAGGCCAGCACCUCCUCGUCCCAGGACACGCAGGAAAAUGGGCUCCCCGACACCAGCUCUGCCACGGCAGCCGGCCCCUUUUGA